AUGGAGUGCCUUAAGAACAUUCGCGCAGGAACUCGUCAAUUAAUGCAGAGAGCUGAUGCGAUUCCGCCGGCGGUGCAAAUUGCAUCUGGUCAUCAGAACAAGGAGAUGACAAAAUUUAACGAGGAUCACUAUAUCUCGACGUGGAGAUGCCUCAAAUUGUGGCUGGUUGAUCUAGGAGGAAGUGAACGGGUUUUGAAAACUAGAGCCACUGGUCAAACACUUGAUGAAGGGAGAGCCAUAAAUCUUUCCCUUUCGGCUCUAGAAGAUGUCGUUGCAGCUCUUAGAAGAAAGCGAGCUCAUAUUCCUUAUAGGAGAAUGUGCUCCGCAAAGGCAUUAAUCCUCGAACCCGCACGCAGCAACUUCAAGAUCUCAAUCAUCUCUUUCUCUAAAACAAUUAAGCAAUUAGUUCAAAGGCAUAUCCCACUAUGAAGGAGGAGACCAAUUUGAGAAUCACACACACACUUCUCCCUUGCCCAGGAGAGCUUCUUGUAGAAGAGCAUCAUAGCAAGCAACUAUGGUGAGCCAUGGGCAGGUGAGGUGGACGUGAUGUUUUUGAAUUCCUAGCUGAUUAAAUCCAAAUUCUCGUGUUCUCGAGAUUGGAUGUGGUACACUUCGAGUGAGUAGGCGUGCAUUUUAUCAGCUACCUAGAAGCGCAGCACUUCCGUUGUUUAGAAC